AUGAAGCUCGCUAGGGCCUUAGCGGCAGCGGUGAUGGUUUCUGCGUGGCUGUGCGCACAUGCAAUAUUCACAAUUAACGUAAAUAUGAGUUUUCAGAGGGAGAAAAACGCAGCUUCCGGCGCACAAAAGUUUCUUCCCAUUCGAAUUCCUUCUGUGUUUCAGCUUUCCUGGUUUCAGAAUCUUGUGCGGCACGUUUUCGCCACCGAAAAGCUGGUGUUUCCUCACGACUCUUGCGGCCAGAGCUGCUUAUUAUAUUUGUCUUGGAUUGUUUCCGUUCUGACGCUGGCGGAAUGGAUAGCUUUCGCGGCUUUUCUGCUGAGGGCUGUUUGGAGUAAACUGAUAUGCCCCGUCUUCUCCACUCUCGGCUACAUUUUGUUGGCUGCUGGGGUAUACGGCUGCGUACGGACUUGCGCGUUUAUGCUGGCGCCCCACUUGCCGGAAGACGCGGCAGUGUCGGUGGUUCGCGCGCUGUGCGCCGUGGAUAAGGGCCUGUGGGUCCUUUGGGACUCUCUUGGCGGGGCUGCCUCAGUGCUGCUGUGGACGCUCGACGGGCUCCUCAGCUCUCUCGUUUGGCCUUCUCUAGAAGACAUAAUGGCCACUGUUGUGCAGCCCAGCCACCGCCAGCUUCUCAGCGAACUUCUCGCAAAGGUGAAGGAAGUGGCGCACACUUUGCCCGAGACAGUGCCUCACCCUGAGUUCUAG